AGGAGGAAAAUCGACGCUACAACGCUUUAAAUCCAUUUGAGAAACUAACGCUAAAUUUAACGCGAAUCUUAUUUUCGCAUAAAUGGUCUAGAUACUUCUUUAUCUUUUAUUCCCUUUUGUUACAUUUCUUAGUCAUAAUGACAUUAUAUCAACUUAGUUUAUGGGAAUGCCGCCAUGAUCAUGAAGAUAUCAAUUUUCCAACAAAUCUUCUAAACGAAGAAGCAGCAAUUUCUAAUGAUAAUUUUGGAAACUUGAUUUAAAUAAAUCCGUAUUUUGGAAGAAAUCAAAAAAAAAGGGGAAAAGGGCAUUUGAAAUUUCUUUUAACCCAACACCUGAGUUUCUAAUUAGGCGUAACAGUAACAAUCGUCAUUAUGUCACUGCAUAAUUGCAGCAUAAAUUCUUUCCUGUUGCACUUAUUAGACAUAUCAAAUACCCCUUUGCCUGUAUUAUGUUAGAAUCUGUUGUUUCUACUCUAUUGAAUAGAGUAUUGGGCGCGUAUGUUUCUAACUUGAAUUACAGCCAACUGAAAGUUGGUAUAUGGUCAGGAGAGGUUACCUUACGACAUUUAAAAUUAAGACGAGAAGCCCUGGACAAAUUCAACUUACCUAUUGACGUCUUGGAGGGUUACCUAGGGGAAUUAACUUUGACCAUUCCUUGGAAUAACUUACGUGGAAAGCCUGUUAUUAUUCAUAUAAAAGAUGCAUACAUUCUGGCAGUCCCCCGAAACGAGUCCACUAUGUCAGCUGAAGAGUUAGCUCAGCGUGACCAUGAAAACAAAAUGAGGCGCCUCGAAAAUGCAGAACUUAUGCUCGAUACGCAAUCACAACACCACAACGCAGAUGAAGACGCUAAAAAUGAAACUUUUGUUACUCAACUUAUGACGAAGAUCUUGAAUAAUCUUCAGUUCUCUAUCACCAAUAUUCAUAUUAGAUACGAAGAUGAUAUUUCUACGGAUCAUAGAUUUGCAGCAGGCAUCACAUUGAAGGAGUUAUCAGCCAUCACUACUGAUGAAAAGUGGAUACCGAACACAAUUAGUGAUGUCGUGAAAACAGUGCACAAAUUAGCUACUUUGGAAUCAUUAUCAGUUUAUUGGGAUACAAAUGCAUCUACUUUGGCAGAAUUAAAUGGAUAUGACAAGUUCCAGGAAUUGAUUGCUACCAAAAGCCAUAUUUUAGCUGAGCAUCAAUAUAUCUUGAAGCCCGUUUCGGGCACUGGAAGAAUUAAAUUGCGCAAAAAUUUCGGAGGGGAAACACCAAAGAUCGACGCUUCCCUUCUAUUCGAUGAGCUUUGUUUCACUCUUGAUAACGAGCAAUAUCGCGAUGCCAUACUCAUGAUUGAUUUAUUCCAUUCCUAUCUCAAAAAGCAAAAGUACAAGGAGCUGCGGCCGCCAUCUGACAGGACGCCCAAAUCUCAUCCCUUGGAAUAUUUCCAAUUCGCUGCACAGGCUGUCUUAUCAGAGAUUCAUGAGCGCAACGAGCGUUGGACAUGGAAACGAAUCAAAAAGCGUAGUGAAAAUCGAAAGGCGUAUAUUGAUUGUUAUGUGCAGCAUAGACUGGAUAGAGCGACAGAAGAGCAAAAAGCAAUUUUACGGCAACUAGAGUGGGACCUUAGUUAUGAAGAUCUUAGAUUUUAUCGUAGUUUGGCCAAGCCUAAGCUGCGAAAAGAAAAAGCUCGAUUAGCUGCUAUUGAUAAAAAACAAAAGGAGGAAGAAGCAGCACUUAGAGCAAAACAGGGCUGGAGUAUUAGUAAGUGGUGGUAUGGUAAUAAUGGUGGCUCAGCAACUGACGAGAGCGAGAAUAAAGACGAGGAUCUUGUGAUUACUGAAGAACAAAAGUUAGAAUUUUACGAUGUGAUUGAUUAUGAUGCAGACAAAGCAGUCAUUGCAGCAUCCAUUGACCUACCAAAAGAUACAAUGAGACUUAGGCUUAGCAUAUCGUUGACAAAGGGUUCAUUUACAGUACGAAAAGAUCCGUUAUCACAACCUACUGAUCUUGUAUCACUUGUGUUUGAUAAUGUUUCACUCGGUAUGAUACAGUACGUUCAAUCUUUAACAGCUACUGCAAUUCUAGGCGAUAUGUGCUUGUAUGAUGGUGUUAGAGCUGACUCGCCUUAUUACAAAUUAAUGGCAGCUAACGAUAAAGAUGAAAAAGACAUUGUACGACAACGCAGAAGGAAAUCUUCAUCAGCUGAGAUGCUUCAACAGACUGCUAUCGAGGACCCCUUCUUUACCAUCAAAUUUGAGCAUAAACCACUUGAUAACCGUGCAGAUAAUGCCAUGGCUCUUUUCAUGCGCAAUAUUGAUAUAGUAUAUAAUCCGAUAACUAUUCGAGAGAUAGUUAAAUUCUUCACACCACCAGAAACCAGCGCUAAUAGUAUCAAUGCACUAAUUGAGGUUGCUGGAGAUACCUUUGAAGAUAUAAAAAACCAGACACGUGCUACUUUGGAGUUUGCUCUGGAACAGCAUACUACCCUAGAUUUACAAAUCGAUAUGGAUGCACCAGUCAUCAUCAUUCCUGAGGAUUGCACUUCUAUUACCUCGCACGGUAUUGUGGUCGAUGCUGGCCACAUCAAUGUAGAGAGUAGCAUAGCUCCGCCGGAAACACUGGCUUUGAUCAAAUCCAAGCGCGGAAACGACAUGACAACAGGAGACAAUAUGAAACUAAAAGAACUUCUAUAUGAUAAAUUUACAGUUCAAUUGACUCAAACCAAAAUUCUAAUUGGCGAAUCAAUUGAAGCUUGCUUAGAACAAGUUCGUCAUCCUCGUCAAGAGCUUCAGUACCUGCAUUUGGUCGAUCGAAUCGAUAUGUCAUUUUUAGUGGAAAACUGUAUUUUGCCUAAAUCAGUCGAUAUGCCUAAAUUCAAAAUAACAGGUCAUUUGCCUCUAUUAAAAGUCAAUUUCUCUGACACAAAAUACCGAUCUAUUUUGCAAAUACCGCACUUGAUUGAAGCCUCAGGAUUAAUAAGUAGUGCAUCUAGUAAUGAAAACUUCGGUAUUGAAAAUCCGGACGCGCAACAGCAAAAGAUUAGUCAAAUUGACGAGAAUUGGUUCGAUUUCAUGAACAGACCUCUUUGGAAUAGAAGUCAGGAUGACUUGCUCAUAGCAGACACAGAAAGUGAGCCCAGCCUUAUAAAAGAUGAUUCAGCAACAGAUGACUUGGCUUCUACUGAUGCAGAUAAAGAGAUAAAGAAAGCUUCAAAGGAAGUUAUUAAUGCAGAAGAGCAAACAUUCAAAUUAAACUUUAAGGUGGAUCGUGUGCUUGCCAACAUUUUGGAAGCUCAGCAACAGCCACACACGAAGAUUGAAGGGGCCCCAGCUGAAAAACUAUUAUGCGAGGUUGAUUUGCAGAAUUUGGUGUUGGAUUACAGUCUUCGUCCACUAGAUAUGACAGUGCGUGUUUCUUUGCAGUCCCUCGAUGUAAGAGACCGUAUGCAGCAUGGCAACGAGUUUAAAUAUCUAGUCACUUCAGAUUAUUCUGUGGUCCAACAGCAUAACCAGCAUCAGCAUCAACAACAGCAGUUAAAUUCGAAGAAUUUGGUAGAUGUUGAAUAUGUACGCUGUGAUAAAUCUAAUCCUGAUUAUAUGACCAAGUAUAAGGGAAUUGAUCAGACAGUUCAAGUCACUCUAUCAACGUUAAACUUCAUCGUCACACGUAGCUCAAUACUAACAAUGCAUAACUACAUUAUGCACACAUUUGUCGAUAUAAUGGAAGAGAUUAAUAGCAGCAAUAUCAUCACAGGCAACACUACUGCUACAAAACUUUCAGAUACGCUAAUGGCUGCAAAUCCUCAAAAAAAUGACGUUAAGGAACUUUCCGAGGUUCAGGCGCAAUCUAACAAUAACGGUUCUGAAAGUAGUAGUAUUUAUGUUCGCUUGCUCUUAGACAGUGUCAACUUUAUUUUGAAUAAUGAUGGUGUACGAUUAGCUACAGGCGAACUUUCCCUUGGCGAUUUAUCCACAGUUGUUAUGGAUGGCCAAGUUAAAGUCGCUGCUAAGUUUGCCAACUUUACGUUAACGGAUGAUUUGACGACACCAAAUCAGCAACAUUUAUUCAGUAAUCAACUUCUUACCAUUCAAGGUGAAGAACUCAUCGAUUUAAGGUACGACUCUUUUAUCAACGAUGGACGUCAAGAUUACCCUGGAUAUGAUCAUGCUCUGUAUAUUCGUAUGGGUUCUGCUCAAUUUAACUUUUUAGAACAGCCUAUUCACCAAUUCAUGGAUUAUCUCAAUAAAUUUGCUGAAAUGAAGACUACUUACGAUAUGGCCCGUCAAGCUGCUUUGGAAUCUGCUCAACAGCUUUCGCAGGUCGCUACUAAAAUGCAUUUUGAUAUUGUCAUUGAAAGCCCUGUUGUUCUAUUUCCUGAACUACAUGAUCAUCCUUCAGAUGUAGUGAUUGCUCAUUUGGGAGAAAUAUGGGUAUCUAACUCAUUUGUAGAUAAUGCAGACAACUGUAUUAAUCAUAUUCAAUGUGGUCUCCGUGCUAUCAGUUUAACGUCGAAGUUUUAUUUCCCUCAACAAGAUAAAUUGCAAACCUUGCCUAUGGUAGAUGAUACUGAUUUGAACUUUAACAUUUGUAUACCACUAAAAGCAUCUACUGCGCGUCCAGACGUGGAUAUUGCAGGAGAAAUUGGGGAUAUUAGCUUGCGAUUAACCAAACGGCAAUACAUAUUUCUGAUGGAAGCAAUCAAUAUGUUUUCCAGAACCUUUGCUGCUACUUCCACUGAAAACGACAGCAGCAAACCCUUUGAUGACCGCCACCUUCCACUAACCAAAGUUCGAGGCAAUGACAAUGAAAAUCUUCAAAAACCGUCUGAUAGUACCGUCUCAAUGAAAGAAGAUGGGAACAGAAAUUAUACUCCUCACAUACAAAUUACAUUAAAGACGAAAACCAUAGGGCUAGAGAUUUACAUGAAUCCCUCUACUGAGCUGGAAGAAGUGCAGCAUCCUCCUAGUCUCUCACGCAUCGCCCUUAUUGACACUGAUGUUAAAUUCCAGAUGUUCACGGAUGAAUCUAUGAUGGUCAAAGUGGUGGUUCAUGCAUUAACUGUUGAUGAUACCCGCCCCGGUGUCAACAGCAAAUUUACCCAUAUUGUGCCUGCCAUUGAAGAUGCACACCAAUUCCUGCUCCAACUGGACGUCAAAGCUCCGGAUCCUGCUCGUUCAGGUAUCAUGAUUAUGACUAUUAGAGAUCCUAAGGUGAUUUUAUCAUUGGACCACGCUUUCAUGCUUGGAAAUUUUUUCACUUUACCAGCAAUUGGAGGUCCAAGCAAUUCUACAAUGCCAGUAAAAUCUGAUAACGAUACUCAAUCGAAAGAAGGGAAGCAACCACAACAGCAGCCAGGAAUAGAAUUAAGUUACUUGUUAAACAUCAUUCAUGCUGAAUUCAUCCUAUUAGCAGAUCCCGACAAAAAAGAUUCGGAAGCGGUAGUAUUAGUUACUGAUGAACUCACAAUCACUCAACAGAACAAAACAGCUUUAGUUAUCAAACAAUUGGGCAUGUUCUUAUGUCGCAUGGACAUGCGUCAGCAAUCUACCCUACGCUUCCUCCAGCCAUUUGAUGUUAACUUGUCUAUGAACAGAAAUCCUCAUACAGAAGAAGGAGGUCUUCUCACUGAAUUAGUUAUGAAUAUCGAUCCCCUUAUUCUGCGAUUGUCUUAUCGUGAUGCUAUGUUAGUCACUAAUAUCUUCAACAAAGCAUAUGCUCUUUAUGAAAAGAGUGUGAACGCAGAAGCAGGAGGGACCAAAGUAUCGGCGUAUGACUCAGCGCUAACUGAGGAAAGGUUAACUGAUGCUAGUGCAUUAACUUCUUCCACAGCCAAAGCACAGACUGAAGUUGACUAUUUGAACGAAGCGAUGCUGGCCCAGGAAUUAUUACGUAUUUCUUUCAAUGGUGCACAAGUUAUUCUUAUUGAAGAGUUGCACGAAACACCUAUGAUAGAUAUGAAUCUGCAACCUUUUAACGUUGAAAUAGCAAAUUGGUCAAGAGAUUUAUCUCUUUCUGUUGAAUUUCAAACUUAUAUCAAUUACUUCAAUCUUAAGAAUUCACAUUGGGAGCCGAUUUUGGAGCCUUGGAACUUUAAGUUGGAUCUCGCACGGGAUGCUAUGAAUAAAUCAGAGCCCCUUAAUGUGAAACUUAGCUCAUCAUCCAUUUUGAACUUAAAUAUAUCGCAAUCAUUCUUGGAAAGUGCAGUCUCUACUAUAGGACUAUUAGAUAAGGAAGGCCAGACUAUCUAUAGCGGUGAAAGAGGCACUGUGGCGCCUUAUGAAUUGCGAAAUAGGACUGGUUACAAUAUUCUUGUAUGGAAUACUGCAGAUUCAAAGGAAGGACCUGUUAUCAAAGAAAUUAAAAAUGGUGCCGAUUUGCCAUGGUGGUUUGAAGACUGGAAGAAGCGCCGUGAAACUACAUCUUUUGUCAGUAAUAAUUUGAAUGUGCAAAUCGACGGUGCUCUGUGGGAAAGCCUAAGAGACAUAAACCUCGAUAGGGAAGGAGAACAUAUGCAUCCACUUCGACCUAUGAUUGAUAACAUACAACACCAUAUUGUAUUUCAGGUUGAGUUGAUCAAUAAUAUUAAGGUAGUUACUAUACGAUCAGCACUGGUAAUUGAAAAUAGAACCUUGCUAUCCAUUGAUUUGGCAUCGAUCAAUACCAAUGGUAAAAUGGAUGGCCCUGCGGUGAAAAUUGCUCCCGGAGAGAAUUAUUCUAUUCCUAUCGAAAAAGCGUUUACCAAUCGCUUUUGUAUGCGCCCUGAUGCUGGCUUCGGAUAUAGAUGGCCUAAUAAAGCAUUCUACUGGAAGGAUUUCGCCAGCCCUAUCAAGCCUCCUAGUACAUUUGGUUGUCUUGGUGAUGAAAAAGAACAAAAUAUGCCCCCAUUCAUCUUCCAAAUUAACGCUAUUCUGGACAGGAAGAGUAUAUUGUUUGGUCAGUAUCCAGCUAUGGCAAUUCGUUUGAGUGCUCCUAUUGAGAUUGAAAACCUUUUGCCAUAUGACUUCAAUUUCCGUAUUGUUGACAAGACAACAGGACAAGAUUUCAGCUCCUUUCUGAGAAAAGGAGGUAUCACUCCAAUUCACGUUAUUGAGAAUAAUCAUCUGGUUCUCUUUAAUAUUGAAAUGCCAGAUACGGAAUACAAACGCAGCGAUUAUGCUAUUAUUAGUACAAAACGAUCAGAUGACUUGGAGGUAGAUCAUGCCAUCGAGCUUGUUAGUAAAAAGGAUAACUCGAAGUUAAAUGUUCAUAUUAAUACUGUGGACAUUCCUGACUCUGGAGGUGCCAAGCGGUAUAGUAUUUUCAGUCCCUAUAUUAUUAUAAAUAAGACACAAUUGCCUAUUACCUUUAGGCCGAACCCUGCUUGGUCAGAAGCUCUAUACUCUUCCAAUGAUACUGCAAAAACAUGCCAACCGAACGCCAGACCUGAACCUUUUAUGUAUUCAUACCCAACCAUGGAUAACCGCAAUCGUUCUCUAAUCAAAGCAGCAGCAUCUGAGUGGAGUCAACCCCUUAGUUUCGAAGCUAUUGGUAGUGUCUAUGAUGUGGCCCUACCAAAUAAGCGCCGAUCAGAAGAAAUUCAUUUAGGUAUCAAUAUACAAGAAGGGCAAGGAAAAUUCAAAUUGACCAAGACAGUUACAAUAACGCCUCGUUUCGUGCUGAGCAACCAACUUGAUGAAAAUAUUCGAUAUCGCUUCCCUGAGACCAAGACAGACUAUGGUUUGGACGCUAAGCAGCGUAUGCCUUUAUACAAUAUUCGUAUACAGAACGAAAAACAGUUGUCUAUUAAACUGGAAGGAUACAGUAAUUCUUGGUCUGCACCCUUCAACGUUCAGGAAAUAGGCGAUAUUCACGUUCGUCUGCCCACUGAUUACUACGAUGGCCAUCAACAUCAAGAUACGCUGGUGAGGAUCACUACCAAAAUUCAAGAAGCAAUUAUCUUUAUUAUUCUGACGAAGGAAGCAGAUGACAAUUGGCCAUAUCUUUUGGUGAAUCAUACAGAUGAAGAUGUCAUAUUCUAUCAGGAAGAUCCUGCUGCUAUUAAGGAUGACUACAGUUCGGCUCCUGUCCGCAAUCCUCGUCUUAAACGAUAUCGAUUGCCAGCCCAGCAAUCUGUUCCAUACUCUUGGGAUCUUCCUGCUUAUAAGGAUAAAAAGAUCAUUCUAAAUAUUAAUGGACGUGAAAGAAGCAUUAAUCCUCAAGAAAUUGGCAGUAUGUUGCCUUUCCGACAUGCCACACGUGACGGUCGAGCUGCGAUUACAUCGAUCGAUACAAAGAUUUAUGGUACACAGCGUAUUAUGGAGUUGAAACCAUUCAUACAAAACGAAAGUCAUUUUAAGCCUGUCAAUAGGGUUAAUACUAACAGCAGCAGCACAUCCAUGCGCCGAACUGACUCCACUGCUUCAGUUUCAUCUUUAGACAGUGCCGCUAAGGAGGGGUUUGAAGCCGCUGAUGUUAAUUUUUCCAUUAACGCUGUAUUCCAACUUCAGCUCAAAGAAGUAGGUGUAUCAAUUAUAAGUCAACGACCUGUUGAGGAACUCGCAUAUGCCACUUUCAAAGGUAUAAAUUUCAGGCUUACAGAUUCAACUCUGUAUCACUCCUUGCGUUGCAAUAUAGAUUGGAUACAGAUUGAUAAUCAGAUGUAUGGAUCUUCCGCAUUUCCUAUAAUUCUUUAUCCUACAAAUUCGACCAACAAUGGCAAUAGUAGGAACAAUGUUAAAGAUAACAGUGCAGGCAAUAAGAUUCUACCAACAGUGCAGCUAGCUUUAGACAGAGUUAAGGAUAACUCGCACGGUGUUAUUUACUUCAAGUACUUCUCUAUUUUACUACAAGAGAUGAGUAUUGAAAUUGAAGAAACGUUUAUUUAUGCUCUUAUGAAAUUUGCUCAUAUCGAAGAACAAAAUAAGGACAGCAAAGUAGAAGAUGAAGCAACAAUAUGGACCAACUAUUCUGCCGAUAUACCUGAUGUAAAGCCGGGAGAUAAUAUUGCACAACUUUACUUUGAAACAUUCAGUAUACAGCCUAUUCGCUUCAACUUGUCUUUUCUGCGAUCUGGUGAGGAGAAUACGGGUACUGCCGAUGAUGACGAGAAAAUGCAAAAAGCUCAGCGUUCGAACACUGCUCUGGCCUACCUUGUCAAUGCCCUUACCAUGACUAUUGGCAAUAUCAAUCAAGCUCCUCUUCGCUUCAACGCUUUGGUUAUUGAAAAUAUUAUGGCUGACGGAUCCGAUUUAGCAAGCCGUAUAUAUUUCCAUUAUACGGAUCAAUUGGUUUACCAAAUGCAUCGUAUUUUGGGUUCCGCUGACUUCUUAGGUAAUCCUGUGGGGUUGUUUAAUAACCUGAGUUCUGGUGUAGCGGA